CCGCUUCAUCAUCACAACUUCUUCUAAUCAAUUACAUAUUGAACAUACCUCUGUAUUACCCGGAUAAAAAACAUGGUUAUACAAUAUACCUAGCUAGUAUUCUGGAAAUCAUCAUGUCUGCCCACCAAUUUCGUUUUCUCACUGCAAGUCAAAUCAUUCGGCUCUACGAAACAAAUAUCAUUCGUGCCAGACCUACCCAAGCCACUUACCUCGAGUCUGCUGUUUUCUCUCCCCAGCAACACAUGCAUUAUGGUCAAAAUGAUCUUUUUCAGCUAGCAAGCAUCCUCGCCCAAAAGAUCACACUAAAUCACGCUUAUCAGGAUGGCAACAAGAGAACUGCCCUGAUAGCGGCCAAUAUGUUCCUACAGUUACACGGUUACCAGCUACGGUGGCACUCUUUACCAGCGACGAAAUCGAUGACCAGAUUAAGGACGCUCAUGUUGCUGUUGCAACGAGACAAUGGGAUGCUGAGCAGUUGGCAAGCUUCUAUAAGAGUAUAGCAACACCACUUCGACGUGUUGAUUGACUGGUUGGUUAAUAUACUUGUCUCUCGCUCGUUUUGUACAUUUCUGAUACUUGAUGACAUAUAAUUUACACGGCGUUUCUGCAGUAAGCCUGUGUGACCUUAUUUAACGUCAUAUAUCUAAAAUAUGAUAGGCUGAUUCUAGAGUUAGCAACCAGCCUGUGACUUGCCGAUAGCCAAGUCGGG